UAUUUUUAUUGACAUCUCAUAGGAUCUGUGGGAAGCAAUCUGUGAGUUGCUUUUGCAUCCGCAUCUGUGGUUGCGCAACAUAUCAAACCGUCUUGUGGCUUGCUACUUUGCCACUGUGACUGAGGCUUGGAAAGAAAACCUUGAACUGCCACAAGAAACUUACUUUUUGAUGAGGCCAAGUAGACUUUUCUUCGUAGCUACUUCUCUUUGUUGUCAGCUGAAGGUGCUGCAGACUGAUGAUGCUGCCAGUGAUCUCAUUACUCAAAAUCUUGUCUUUUCAAUUUGCUCUCUGCAUUCAUUCUUAGGAAAAAAUGAAUGUAAAGAUGAGUUCUGGUCCACCAUUGAACAUGACGAGCAGGGUCUUCUACUUAAGGCUUUUCAACAGCUUGAUUCAAGGAAAGGGAAAAACAUCUAUCUGUCUCUUGUGUCUGACCUUAGCGAUCAAGAAGAUGAAGGCCAGCGCUACUUGGUCAUUUCUUAUUUGCUUAAGACAAUGGGAAAGAUUUCCCUUCAUGUGGAGGAUAUGCAGAUGAGAAUUAUCUUCAAUUGUUUCAAAUCAGUUUCACCAAAGCUUAUAGAUCAGAGUAGAUUGUUGUCCCCUGAAGGUGAGGUUGAUUGCCAAAGCUUUGCAUAUCAUAUGCUGUUGCCCCUGUACAAAGUUUGUGAAGGAUUUGCCGGAAAAGUUAUAUCAGACGACGUGAAACAACUGGCUGAAGGAGUGCGGGGGAGCAUAAGCAAUGUUAUAGGAACACAUAUUUUUGUCCAAAUCUACAGUCAUAUAAGGAAGAAUAUCAAAUCGAAGAGGGAUAAGAGGAAACAAGAAGAGAAGGUCAUUGCUGUGGUCAAUCCAAUGAGAAACGCCAAGAGGAAGCUGAGGAUUGCAGAAAAGCAUAAAGCACACAAGAACGGAAAAUGAUGUCAAUGAAGAUGGGAAGAUGGAUGUAGUAGAAUGCGUACUAUUAUAGGGCUACAAAGCCAUUAUUAGGUAUGAACAAUUGAGCAUCGAUCUUCGAUGGCAGUAGCUUCUAUAGAAAAUUUUGUUUAAUUUAUGUAACCAAAUUUUCCAUUGUAUAGUGGUAGUAUGUUGAGUUGCACUAAGCUUAGUUUAAAAUUUUGAAUCAACUUUUUCAUUGUAUAGUGAAUAUAGCGUCUCUUUGAUUAACAUACAAUGCCAGGGAACAUUGUAAGUGAUUGAACUGUGUAAUUUAUUGAUUUUUAGUAAUGGAGAAGAAUCUUCUUCC